AUGAUUGUGGGUCGUGUUGUUGGCGGUAUUGGGAAUGGUCUCAACACAGCAACGGCUCCAGUAUGGCAGACGGAAACGUCACAAGUCAAGUGGCGGGGCAAGCUUGUUAUAAUCGAGCUCAUCACAAAUAUUGCUGGGUUCUCCUUAUCGAAUUGGAUCAAUUAUGGCUUCUCGUAUGCUGGUGGAGCAAUAGCGUGGAGGUUCCCACUAGCUUUCCAGCUCGUCUUUAUCAUGAUCCUCUUCGCGACUGUGCCGUGGCUUCCGGAGUCCCCCAGAUGGCUGAUUGCCCAUGAAUACGAAGAUGAGGCAUUCAGUAUUCUUGCAGAUCUGGAAAGUAAGGACUCGAACGAUCCAUACGUUCUGCAACAACACAAGGAGAUCGUGUUCACCGUCCAAUAUGAGAGGGAAAAUGCGCCUAGGUGGCUCGAUCUGCUCAGGGGCAAGACUGGGGACAAAGGGGGCACAUGUACAAUCCGUCGACUCGUUCUCGGGGCGGGAACCCAGUUCAUGCAACAAUUUUCUGGGAUAAACGUAACUUUACUCAUCAGUAGUGUCGGCCUGUCAGAACGGUUAGCUCGACUUCUCACAGCCUGCAAUUCAAUCAGCUACCUCCUCUUUUCUCUAAUCGGUAUACCUUAUGUCGAGUCUGGUGGUCGUCGGAAGCUGCUAAUGUUUGCCGCAACUGGCCAAGCUUUCUCUUACCUCAUGAUCACCAUCCUAAUCGGGCUGAAUGAGCGGCCUGAUUUCGCAGCUAAGAGGCAAGUCGCUGAGGCUUCUAUCUUCUUUUUCAUGUUGUAUUAUAUUUUCUUCGGAAUAGGCUUCCAGGGCGUCCCAUGGCUAUAUCCGACCGAGAUCAAUUCACUCGCCAUGCGGACCAAAGGCGCAGCGAUAGGAACAGCUACCAAUUGGAUGUGCAACUUCAUAGUCGUUGAGAUCACGCCAAUAGGUAUACAAUCGCUGGGUUGGCAAUUCUAUAUCAUUUGGGUAGUGUUCAAUGCGGCCUUUGUCCCCACGGUUUACCUCUUCUAUCCGGAGACCGCAGAUCGUACUCUUGAGGACCUUGACGCAUAUUAUCGAGAGAGCCCGCCUUUGCUCGUCUUUCGUGACAAGGACGUCACUAGCUCGAAGAGACCUGCGAAAUAUGUUGAGGCUGAGCAGGAGGAGAUUCGAAGAGCUAGUGGUGUUGAUCCAUCGUCUUUCAGACGGCAAAGCAGGAUCUCGUCGCAAGACGGAGAGUACGGCAAUAGGAGAAUGAGCCACGCAAGCACUCUGGCUGGCAGCUCUGGUUGUAAUGGUGGUACGGCAGAGAAGAACUGUGGUGAUGGAACUGAUAAGGUCUGA